UUUGCGAAAUGAAGGUUCUUACUUUAGUCCUAUUCACUGCCUUAGUUGCAGUGGCAGUUGGCCGGCCGAACGGCGGAUGGUUCGGAAAUUUGGGAGGCAGUUGGGCCAAGACGUUUGGCUGGGGAUCCGAUGACAGCCAGACGGUGCAAGAGCAAAAGUGGAAUGGUCAGAAUCAGUGGAAUGGCCAUGGAAAUGGACAUGCCCAGGGCCAGUGGAAUGGCGGAAAUGGAAAUGGAAAUGCUCAGGGCCAGUGGAAUGGCGGAAAUGGUCAGGGACAUUGGAACGGAAAUAACCAUGGCCAUGGACAAUCGAACGGAAAUAACCAUGGCCAUGGACAAUCGAACGGAAAUAACCAUGACCAUGGACACGGAAACAAUCAUGAUCAUGGUCAUGAUCACGGUCAUGGAGGUCAUCAUCCACCACCUCCACCACCCCCAACGACAGAUCUUCCCGGCGACGAUGGUGCAUCCACAACUGCUGUGACCGAAGUUCCAGAAGAUUCUACCACCCAGGCACCAGAGGAAAUCACCACCGGCUCUGAGGAAGGAAGCGGCUCUACGGAAGAGACUACUUUGGCCCCUGAAGUUCCGGAAGAAUCCACCACCCAGGCUCCAGAGGAAAUCAGCACUGAAUCCGAAGGCGGAAGCGGCUCUGGGGAAACAACUCAGGCUCCCGAAGAUUCAGAGGAUUCUACAACUCAGGGACCGGAAGAAACUACUACAGACUCCGAAGAUGGUAGCGGCUCUUCUGACGAAUCCACUCCGGCUCCUGAAGUUCCCGAGGACUCUACCACUCAGGAACCUGACGAAACCACCACCGAAGACGGCAGCGGUUCUUCUGAUGAAACCACUCAGGCUCCUGAAGAUCCAAAGGAAUCCACCACCCAGGAACCGGAAGAAUCCACCACCGAUUCCGAAGACGGCAGCGGUUCUUCUAAUGAAACCACUCAGGCUCCAGAGGAUUCCACCACCCAGGAACCGGAAGAAUCCACCACCGAUUCCGAAGACGGCAGCGGUUCUUCUAAUGAAACCACUCAGGCUCCUGAGGAUCCAGAGGAUUCCACCACCCAGGAACCGGAAGAAUCCACCACCGACUCCGAAGACGGCAGCGGUUCUUCUAAUGAAACCACUCAGGCUCCUGAGGAUCCAGAGGAUUCCACCACCCAGGAACCAGAAGAAUCCACCACCGACUCCGAAGACGGCAGCGGUUCUUCUGAAGUGACUACUCUUGCCCCUGAAGUUCCAGAGGACUCUACCACCCAGGAACCGGAAGAAUCAACCACUGACUCCGAGGACUCCACCACUCAGGCGACUGAAGAGCCCCAGGACUCGACGACUGAUUCUUCAGCGGCUUAGAAAGUUAGUUUGUUAAUGCCAAAGGUUGCUAGUGCAUUUUCUCAAAAGUCGUUUGAAAGAAUUUAUAAACGAACUAUGGUGCAAAUAUUAAACUGUUAUAGCUAAAUUA